AUGCCCUGCACUGUGUUUCAGAUUUCGGAGCCAUUUAAGAAGACAACCGGUCCCCCCAAAGCCAAACUCGCCUCUUCGGAGAUUACGAAGGCACAGCCCUACAUGGAAGUGCAGCCAGUGGAUGAUGGAGGCCCCCACCUGCCACUAGGUAAUGCUUCAGAGCCCCGAUGCUGCUCACCUGCCCACCCCCUGGCAUCACAAGGGUGUCCGGUGACCCAUUUUUGCUUACAUGGUCUGAAUUCGAAUCCUGAUGGCAAAAGGCAUAGUGUUUUGCAAGUGCCAACAAUCAACGCCUGUGGAUGGGAGGGGAAUUGCAGGGGAUGCCAGUCAGCUGAUUGGUGGUGUUUGCAAACCCACCCCCUUAUUGGCUCAGCCGUGUCUUUCCCCGCCCCACACCUGAUGUCAGGCAUGAUGAUGCGUGCAGGGCAGGUGGGUGCAGCUUGGCCCAAACUGCCUGAUGGGUCAAAGGAGGAGACCUCGUGGGCCUGAUCAGGCCUGCAGGGCAGAGGUUCCUGACCACUGGCAUAGGCUUUGCUUGUAACUGGAGCACCGGGUAAAGUACGUUUAUUUAUUUAUUUAAGGCCGCUUAAUUAUUGGCAUUUCUAAGCAGUGUGCACAAAAAGCAAUACACAGAAAAUGGGGCGAUCAAACAAUAAAAAUGUUUGAAAGAAGCAAAAACCACCUUCAAAUGCCUGGUUAAACAAGAAAGUAGUAGUAGUAAAGGGAUCCCUGACCAUUAGAUCCAGUUGUGGCCAACUCUGGGGUUGCGGCGCUCAUCUCGCUUUAUUGGCCGAGGGAGCCGGCGUACAGCUUCCGGGUCAUGUGGCCAGCAUGACUAAGCCGCUUCUGGCAAACCAGAGCAGCGCACGGAAACGCUGUUUACCUUCCCGCUGGAGCGGUACCUAUUUAUCUACUUGCACUUUGACAUGCUUUCAAACUGGUAGGUGGGCAGGAGCAGGGACUGAGCAACGGGAGCUCACCCCGUCGCGGGGAUUCGAACCACCGACCUUCUGAUCGGCAAGCCCAAGAGGCUCUGUGGUUUAACCCACAGCGCCACCCAGUAGUAGUAUUUAUUAGUCAUGCACCUGAAGUUCAGUAGGAAGCAUAAGAAGAUACUAGAAGAAAUCAUUAAACAGGGAAUGAAUUAGCAGUGGAGUUUUUGGAGACUGGUGAAGGGGGACGCCUUGAAUGGGAAAGACAGCUAUGUCUGCCCUUGUACUUCCUCAGCACCCUUGCUGAUUGGGCAAUCUGCAGUGGCAGGAAGCAGUAGUGGAUUCUGGGAGUUGUGGUUUGUUAAGGGUGCUGAGAGUUGCUAGGCGAUCCCUAUUCCCCUCACACAGCUACAAUUUACAGAGUGGCUUGACCAUCCCUCUUCGCAAGGAACUCUGGGAAUUGUAGCUCUGUGAGGGGAAUAUGUGAGGGAAAAUGGUCUCCAACGACCCUUAAUGGACUACAACUCCCAGAAUUCUUUAGGGAAAGCCAUGGCUGUUUAAAUUAGCAUCAUAAUGCAUUAAAGAUAGGGUGUGAAUAUGGCUUCCACAGCAGUGUCACUCAUGUCAGAUUAUGUUCUCUUUCUGUCAGGGGAUAGGCAAGUGGCCAAAAAUGAGGAGAAGCCUCUUGAGCCAGGAGCAUCAACGCAGGCGGAACUUUCUGGUGACUCAUUGGACAAAGCCAAAUGGGAUUUCCCCCCAUUUCCUCAAGUGGAAAAUGUGCCGAAAAGUCAGCAAAGGGCAGACAGGAAGGAGGGAAGCUACCCAGGGCGGAGAGGAGGAGGAGGAGGAGAAAAACAGAUUUGGGAAAGAGAUGGUAAUAAACUCCUAAAUCACAACACCUUCCAGGAGAGAGAGCACAAGGACAAGAAUACGAGGAUGAGCCCUGGCUGUGGAAAAAGCUUCAGCCAAACCCUUGA